AUGCAGCUCUUUGUCCGUGCCCAGACCCUCCUGACCCUCGAGGUCUCCGGCUCCGAGACCCUCGCCCAGAUCAAGGAGAAGGUGGCCGAGCUGUCGGGGGUCCCCCCCCAGGACCAGGUGCUGCUCUUUGGUGGGACCCCCCUGGACGAUGAGACGGUGCUGCGGGCCAGAGCCCCCUACCCCCGAAUUGGCCACCCUGCGACUUCCACGCCCGCACUGCUGCGGGCCGGUAAUUAGCUCGCGAAGGUCCACGGCUCCCUGGCCGCGGCUGGCCAAAGUGAGGGGCAGACCCCCAAGGUGGCCAAGCAGGAGAAGAAGAAGAAGAAGACGGGCCGUGCCAAGCGGCGCAUGCAGUACAACCGGCGCUUCGUCAACGUCGUGCCCACCUUCGGCAAGAAGAAGGGCCCCAACGCCAACUCCUGAGCCAAAUAAAGUGAUUUUGGGGCUGAUUCCCCUCAA